CUUCUCGGAGUUAUAGUAUCCAAUCGUAGCCCAUUUCAUCCGACCCGUCCCGUCGGCUUCGAUCAACUUUUUGUUAGGGUUUUGCAGAGGGUUUUAACUUGUAAGUCAAAAAUUUUUAACCAUCUUCACGAAAACCAGAAAGUAGCAUUUGUUCCCCUAAAGUUGCAUGGAUCCUUCAACGUUUAAGUCGUCUCCCGAAUUGCAGCAACUUCUCAAUCAAGAGAAGGAAAGGGCCAUGGUCAAUGAAGUAGUUGCAAAGCUUACAAGUUCCUGCUGGGACAAAUGCGUGACUGGUACUCCCGGAAGCAAGUUCAGCUCCAGUGAAUAUAAUUGUUUAAGUCACUGUGCAAAACGAUACAUGGAGAUGAGCAUGCUCAUAAUGAAACGGGUUCAGAGCAUGCAGUGAAGAAAGAUUGGCUUUAUAAAAUGAACUCCAUAAUCUUUUUUGCUUCCUUCAAAGAAAUUUGUAGUAAAAAUUUUCUUCUUGCACAAUACAGUUCAUGUGGUGUUGUUACUGAUGUGUUACAAAAUUACUAAAUUCUGAGAGACGCUCUCAUUUUUAUUUUAUUCAUUUCUUUCCCUUCACGAGAAAGGCCAUUGAUAUA